CUGGAUCAAUAGAUUGUGGAUAAGGAGGAGGAGAAACAGAGGUACCUGGCAGAGAAAGACCCUCCAUUACACACUGGGGGUAUGACCCUUGCCCAGCUCCAGGACCUAUGCAGGGAGCUACACACAAAGAUAGAUGUGGUGGAUAAGGAUAGGUGUGACAUUGAGGCCAAAGUCACACUCAACAAACGACAGAUCAAAGAUCUGAACAUUAAGGUGUUGGACUUGAGAGGGAAGUUCAAGAGGCCUAACCUGCGGCGAGUGCGUGUGUCAGCUGAUGCCAUCUUGCGCUCCCUGUUGGGCUCUAAGCACAAGGUGUCCAUGGAUCUAUGCACCAACCUCAAGUCUGUGAAGAAGGAGGAUACAGAGAAGAAGAGGCCAGUGGAAGACAGCGACUGGAGAAAGAACGUAAAGGCCAUGUCUGGAAUGGAGGGCAGGAAAAAAAUGUUUGACGCUGCCAAGGGCCCUGCCCAGUGAAGCUCGUCAGCCAAGCAACAAUUUGA